UGUUGAGGUUUGAGGUUGUUUUUUUUUUGUGCGCGUCGUACGCACCUACUGGAUAUAUUGUUUUUAUUGGAUUUAUGAAAAAGACAAAAACAGAAAAUGGGUGCAGUUUCCUCCAGCAAAAACAGUAUAUGAUGCAAAUCCACAUCAUAAUUGCGUGUUUCAUGAAAUUAUGUAGAUAAAGUCAAUUAUAGAUAAUUCCAAAAAUAUAACAGUCAACAAUGACAGAGAAAAUUUCAGAAAAAUACUGCAAUGAACUUUUUGAAAAUUUGAAAAUUCAACUAGAUGAAAUUGAGUGUUUGCAGGCCACAUUUUAUAACCCAGGAGAAAUACGGAUAGAAGAUCCGUGUAUUUUAUCUGACAUGAAAGAAUUUAUAGAUGGAAAAUCUCAAUUUCUACCCACCUGUUUGGACUUCAUAGUUAAUUUGUUUAUUGAAAGUGUUAAAUUUGAGUUGUGUGUAAGUUUAUCCCAUGAAUACCCUCUUUCAGAACCUGAAAUAUUUAUUAGAAACCAUAAAUUCAAUCGAAAUCAGCAUAUAGAAGUAAAUAAAAAGCUAGGAGAAUUCAUUGCUGAACUUCCUAAAGGAGAACCAUGCAUAUUUACAGCAAUAUCUUGGCUGCAAGAUGUUUUACUUCAAUACACAGAAAGUGUUGAAACUCCAGUGCCACGACUGGAAGAAAAGGAUGAUACACUGGUUAGAUUUUGGAUAUAUUCUCAUCAUAUUUAUAGUAAAACCAAAAGAAGAGAAAUUGUUGAUCUGGCGCAUCAGUUGAAGUUAACAGGUUUUUCUAUGCCGGGCAAGCCAGGUGUUAUUUGUGUAGAGGGUCAUUCAAGUGAUUGCAAUGAAUGGUGGCAAACUGUGAGGUCGUUAAAUUGGAAAAAAAUUAUUUGCAAGGUGACAGAAGAAAAUAAUGAAAAGAAAUCAACAUUUCUCAAAUUUGAAAACUUUGAGGAAGUAAUUUUUGGUUAUCAAGGUGGUGCCAAAAUUAAUCACAUGGAUAAAGGUGAAUUUUACAAAUUUCUGGAGGCUCAUAAGCUUGGAUAUAUCUUUAAAGAAUUGUUUGGGGUAGAUGGAAAGGCUCCAUAAGUAAUAUAAUCAUAAAUGUAAAUGUAAAUACUCAGUUUUUAAUGUACAAAAAUAUGUUAGCUUAUAUUUGCAAGUAAAUUAUUAACUCACUUAUUAACUCCUUAUUUUGCAAUGCCCCUCUGAUUGAACUUCUUUU